AUGCCGCGCCCACCGGCGUUGUCCCUACAAGGCUCCCCGAGAAAGAAACCCUUUGUUCCUUGGAGUCUCGGGCAAGCGAAACCGGAGACGACCAGAAGCAGCGUACCGAAAGACUAUCCGGACGAGCUGUCCGACACCGAGAUCCACAAUGUCAAGCGAUUUUACCUCUGGCCGCUGAGUGCAUUCAACUUUUUCUUACUGCUGUUCUCCGGCCUGUUGUUCGGAGCGGCCCUGUACUCCAUGUUCGACGAGACCUCGUCGCCGGUUACACCGCCCAGCACGUGGCUGGUGCUGUUCAUCCAGAACCUCGACGUCCUGCUGCUCUUCGCCACGGGUUUCCUCUUUGUGGCGGCCUCCAUAGGGCUCAUCGGCACCGUGCGCGAGAACAUCGCGCUGCUCGACGUCUACCGCAACAUCCUGAUCGUUACCGUCGUGCUGACCACCGCCUUCGUCACCUUCCUCGUGCUCCUGCCAAGUCUGGGCAAGGCGUACGUCUUGGCCAACAUAACGCCGAGCGUCAUCGCGCACUACCGGGACACGCCGGACAUGAUGAAGCUCGUCAACUACGUGCAGUCGGUGCUCCACUGCUGCGGCGUCACCCAGGAAUCCUACCGGGACUGGAACGAGAACCCGUACUUCAACUGCAGCGUGCACAACCCGAGCACGGAGCGCUGCAGCGUGCCCUCCUCAUGCUGCCGGCAGGACACCGAGUUGAUUAUCAGCGCCAUGUGCGGCAAGAACGUCAUGAAUCUGGUGGAGCACGACGCCUGGCAGGUGAUAUACACCAGGGGCUGUGCUGGGGCCCUCUUUCAGUACCUGGAGGGCCAGAUCAUCAGCGCCGUGCUCAUCGGCAUGCUCUUCAUCCUGUUCAUUUUCUACCUCAUCGCUUUGACCAUGUCCGUGCGGAGUGAAGUGAGGGCCCUCUCCAAGGUCUACACGAAGUACUACAAGACAGUCUUCUACGGGCAAGUCCGGAUGACCCGCCGCUACCAGCGUCUCCGGAAGCUGAAAGGCGCGUCCAACACCGACGACGAGCGUAUGGCGGCCAUUAUCCUGGGUCAUCAAGAGCCCCAUGGCAAGACGAGGAGACAACGGGCUCCGCUGUCCGACAGUAGCCCUGAGAAGAGUGCCAUGUCCACCUGA